AUGAAGUCGGUUCUAGCGGUCACGGCCGCCCUGGCAUCGCUGGUCACCUCAUCACAGGCCCUUUACUUCUACCUCGAUGGCACGACGCCCAAGUGUUUCUACGAGGACCUGCCCAAGGACACCUUGGUCGUUGGCACAUACAAGUCCGAAGCGUACAACCCGCAAACACAGUCCUUCUACGUGACGAACGACCUCUCCAUCCAAAUCACGGUUGAAGAGACCUUCGACAACGACCACCGGGUGGUCACGCAGACCUCGACGUCUUCCAACACCCCGUCGAAAUUCACCUUCUCGGCGGCCGACAGCGGUCUGCACCGGCUGUGCUUUUCCCCCUCUGGGUCCGCGGCCGUCAGCGUGGGCGGCUGGUUCGGCGGCGCAGGCGUCACGGGCGGCGGAGUCAAGUUAACCAUCGACCUGGCCAUCGGCGAGACCAGCAAGAUCGAGAGCGAGGAUAAAUCCAAGAUUGAUAGUAUCGUCGCCAAAGUUAAGGAGUUGAACGGCCGGCUAUCGGAUAUCAGGCGUGAACAGAUUUUCCAGAGAGAACGGGAAGCCGAGUUCCGCGACCAGAGCGAGUCGACAAAUGCAAAGAUCGUGCGCUGGACGCUGAUUCAAUUGGGUGUCUUGGGUGUUACAUGUGCAUGGCAAUUGUCGCAUCUGCGCUCGUUCUUCAUUAAGCAGAAAUUGACAUAG